AUGCAUCUCAUGUACACCAUGGACGCCGAAGGCAAGCGUGUCUAUACCCUAAAGAAGAUCACGAGCGGAGAGGUCACGAAGUCGGCGCAUCCGGCUAGGUUCUCGCCUGAUGAUAAGUACUCGAGUUACAAGCCAAGCACAAGAAAUUCCUCGACAAGGACUCGACCUACCGAUAUCGACCUUUGUGCAACUCUGGCACACCCUCCUCACUGUAUCGCGAUGGACGCCUCACCACUCGCCCAACCCUCUCCCGAGAUCCGCAACCAGAUCUGGGAGCUCGUAGUCCCUUCAACAGAAUCACUUCUCGUCAACGACCCGAGCAGCUGUGCUCCGCCACCCAUCACCAGAGUCUGCCGCAAGCUUCGCGAAGAAAACCUCCUAAUGUUCUACUCCGGCAAGAUCGUCCAAGCCAUCCUGCCUUCGCCUGUCUCGGUCAACAAACUUUAUCCACUUACGGUCGACAUCAUGAACUGGGCCAAUAGUGUCAGCAAGCCCUGCCACGACGUCAUCAAGUGCUUUGAGAUUCACUUCGCCGCAUUAGGGCUUAGACAGAUGUACUGCGUUGAGAGAACCAGUCGUCGAGAAGACGAUCUCUCGCAGCGGCUGGCUCCUUUCGGGUACGUGGGUGAGGACCGAUAUGUGGCUGUCUAUGACUAUGUUGCCAAGGCGGCUGGCUCUGUGGAAGCUGCUCGGCGAUUCGUUGAGGAGAGGACGGGGGAGGUUAUGAAACGAGGCUAA